UUUAAUACGUAUGGACAUUCACAUUAAUCAAGUUUGCUUCCUCGUCUAUUUUCUUCUACCUUCUUACAAUUAGAGGAGUAGAAAUGCAAUCCAGACCUGUAGAUUAUAGAAAGAACAGCAGACUGAGUGUCUCUGUAUCAAACUCAAAACUGUAGUUCUACUUUGCGCCACUCUUAUCCAGUUUCAGUUGAAGUCGCUGUUACAGCAUCGCGAAGCGUAUAUUUACUUUAUGUUCAAUUACUCAGAUCCCGUUUUCCUCCUGUGUAUUCCAGUUCUAAAACUUUACGUUUACUCCUAUGCUCUUUUUCAGCAAAACCCAUCAUAAAUCUCGACCAACUGCAAUUUUCUUUUCUUCUUUUUGAGUUAAUUUCCGUUGGGAACGAUAGCUGGAAAAUGCCAUCGUCUCCCAAAGCAUUCUACGCGCGUCAGUCUUUCUCUCCCCGCAGAUCGACGCCCCAGAUCAUAUGUUUCCUAAUCGUGCUUCUCGGAUUCAUCAUAGGGUUUGUCGCGAUUUCACGGCGCAGCCUGGAUUACAAGUGCAAAUAUGAUAAGCCGCUGUCAGUGUCCGUCACCUGGGAUAAGUCUUCUAAUGGCGGUGGUGGUAGUGUUACAGACGAGGGGCAGAAGCGUCACAAAGUGAUGGGCUUUGUGGGUAUUCAAACAGGGUUCGCAUCAGUUGGCCGGCGCAGGGCGUUGCGUCAGACCUGGUUUCCCUCUGAUCAUCAGGGGCUUCAACGGUUGGAAGAAAGCACCGGUUUGGUUUUCAGAUUCGUAAUUGGUAGAACUAGUGAUAAAAUGAAGAUGUCAGCACUUAAGGAGGAGGUUGCAAAGUAUGAUGAUUUUCUGCUGCUAGAUGUUGAAGAGGAGUACAGUAAACUCCCGUACAAAACUUUAGCUUUCUUCAAAGCUGCCUAUGCUCUUUAUGAUUCUGAUUUUUAUGUCAAAGCUGACGAUGACAUUUAUUUACGACCAGAUCGUCUUUCCUUGCUCCUGGCUAAAGAGCGUCCACAUUCUCAGACAUAUCUUGGGUGCAUGAAGAAAGGUCCAGUGUUCACUGAUCCAAAGUUAAAAUGGUACGAACCUCUGUCGAAUUUGCUUGGGAAGGAAUACUUUCUUCAUGCUUAUGGUCCAAUUUAUGCUCUUUCUAGAGAUGUUGUCGCAAGCUUGGUCGCCUUAAGAAAUGACAGUUUCCGGAUGUUUAGCAAUGAGGAUGUCACUAUCGGUUCUUGGAUGCUCGCGAUGAACGUCAAUCAUGAGAAUAACCAAAAUCUAUGUGAAGCAGAGUGUUCGUCCUCAUCCAUUGCUGUGUGGGAUAUUCCCAAGUGUUCAGGACUCUGCAAUCCUGAAAAGAAGAUGUUGGAACUUCAUGGUAAAGAUAUUUGUUCGAAAAGCUCAACUCUGCCAUCAGAUGAUGAUUAACAAACUUAGCUGCACUUCGGAAAACAGGAACACGUUGCUGGGAAUGCUUCCUCGGACCAAGUCCGAUGAUUCCCCUGCAUUAUAUGGUGACAUUCACAGUUAUGUUUCUCCUGACUUUAUAUCCAGAAGAGAUUUGCAAGAACAGGUUCUCCAUAUGAGAUACAGAGGUUUUGACAGAAGCAUGGAAUUCUAAGUUUUGAAGUAUAAAAGGUAGUAGAAACAUGAGUUGCUGUGAGAUCACCAAAGUUUUCAUUCGUGGUUGUCACAAACUUCAUUCUUUAUACUUGUAACAUAGUACAUCAAAUGUUCACUAUUCUCAACUGUCUCCCUCUAACAUGCAACACUUUUUUCGCCAUACAUGGACACAAACAUAUAUUUAUUA